AUGACGAGAGGAUUCUACAGCAGCACCAUUGCACAGCUCCCACCGGACCCUAUGUUCGGGCUCAAGGCCCGGUACCAGAAAGACCCAAGAGACAAGAAAGUCGACUUGGGCAUUGGCGCCUACCGUGACGACAGCGGCAAGCCAUGGAUCUUGCCGUCUGUGAGGUUGGCAGAGAACUUGGUACAGAACGCGACGGACUACAACCACGAGUACCUCCCGAUUGGCGGGUUGCCAGCGUUCACGGCUGCCGCGGCCAAGGUGAUCUUGGGCAAGGACUCGCCGGCCAUCGCUGAGCACAGAGUCGUGUCCACACAGAGCUUGUCUGGUACGGGUGCUCUCCACCUCGCCGGGGAGUUCUUGAGGGACCACUACAAGUCUGCCGGCGAGACUGCGGGCGAGACUGCGCCACCACUGGUGUACUGCUCCAACCCUACGUGGGGCAACCACUUCCAGGUGUUUGGCAUCGUCGGCGUGCCAACGGCCAAGUAUCCGUACUGGGACGAUGCCAGCAAGUCCCUCGACCUGGAGGGCUUCCUCAAGAGCAUCCGCGAGGCUCCGGCGGGCUCCGUGUUUUUGCUCCAUGCCACAGCACACAACCCAACGGGUAUGGACCCAACUCCUGAACAGUGGAAAAAGAUUUUGAAGGCCAUUUCGGACCACGGCCACCUGCCGCUCUUCGACUCGGCCUACCAGGGCUUCUCGAGCGGCUCGCUUGAAAAGGACGCCUGGGCCGUCAGAGAGGGUGUCCACAACAAGGAGUACAGCUUCCCCGGUGUCCUCAUCUGCCAGUCCUUUGCCAAGAACGUCGGCAUGUACGGUGAGAGAGUUGGCGCUGUCCACCUUGUGCUACCCGAGCACGACGCAACCCUCAACAGCGCUAUCACCUCGCAGCUGGCCAAGAUCGUGCGCUCAGAGAUUUCCAAUCCACCGGGCUACGGUGCCAAGGUUGUCUCCAAGAUCCUUACCACCCCUGAGCUUUACAAGCAGUGGGAACAGGACCUCAUCACGAUGUCCUCGAGAAUCAGCUCCAUGAGAGAGCAGCUUGUGCAGGAGCUUGAGAGAUUGAACACCCCAGGUUCCUGGCGCCACAUCACCCGCCAGCAGGGAAUGUUUUCUUUUACCGGCUUGACUCCCCCACAGGUCGCCCAGCUCGAGAAAGACUACGGCAUAUAUCUUCUCCCAAGCGGCAGAGCCAGUAUCGCAGGCCUUAACCCAUCCAACGUCAACCUCGUGGCCCAGGCCAUUGACAAAGUCGUCAGAAACUGA